GUGUGGGGUUUCAAUCGUUCUAGGUUACACCAUCAAUUUAGCUCCACAGCUCUUAGGGCAUUGUUUAUUAUACUCAAUGAGUUUCUGAUGAAUAAGUUUUUAUCAACAUCCCAAAUUGAUUGGCUUCAUAUGGAUAAAAACAGAGUUGAUCCUAUCAUAAGCGCGCUCAACCAUAGUGCAGAUGGUGUAUCUCAAGAGCCUACUGAUUUUUUUGCUGAUGUAUGUGUGGAUGUUCACAGUGAAGAACAAAGUGCAACUGGCUCUUGUGUUAAUCCGUCGGAGGUUGAUGGGGUUUCAUUUAUGGACUCUGAAUAUAAUGAAUCCUGGGAGGCAGCUGUUUGUUCAUCUGAGGUUUCUGUAGUUCAACCUCACACUACAAGGUGUUCUUUGAACUUAGCCAAAGAUAUUACUGAGUCAUCAAAAAGUAUGACUAAUUUGCCUUCUGACAGUGAUCUUUCGUGUACGGUGAAAUGCUGGGAUUUAGUUUCAUCACAGAAUUGUUCUUCAAAAGAGACAUGCGAUGAUAUAUUCACAUGUGACAAACGCUGUGUUGUUACUGAUAAUCCCAAGAACUGUGUUCCAAGGGAUUCGGUGGUGAUACAUCCCCAGGUUUCUCCAGAAAUGACGGUCGGGCAUUCACCUAUAAAUCCAGCUAUUCGGUUCCGUCUGACAGAAACGAAGUCAAGUAAUUCAUUUGGGUUGCCCCACCCUUCAAUUCCAAGCUAUAAUUCACUUAGUUGUGGCUCUGACUUUCCUGCUGUCGAGGCAGAUUCUUUUACUUCGUCUUCGGAACGCUCGACUAUUUUCGCCUCUCCUGCAAGUUUACAGUCUUUGGAUUUUUUAAAGCAGCGUAAAAUAUUGGAGUCUGAAUUUCAACGGCUAGAAGAAAUAAAAAGUAUGUCCCCAAGUUCCAGCCCUAUAUCUCGUAAACCCGGUCCUCUAAAAGGGUCGAGUCCCUCUGCAGCUCACCACUGCAGUCUUUGUGGGAAACAGUAUCGUCACGUCGCUUCUUUAAGAAACCAUAUGCGGAAACACACAUCAGGCGUGUUAGCCUCAAAACGAUACAAAUGUAAUCACUGUGUGUAUUCAAGCCAAUAUCAUCGUAACGUCAUCAAACACAUGGAAGCCACUCACCCCAGUCAUGAAGGGAAUUCCCCACUGGAUGCAUCCCAUUUCUGUGGCCAGGGUGGUACUCCAUGUAGUACAAUCAUACCCGAUGAUCUUAAGCCGAAUCUUAUUAGUUCUCGUGUAUGGAUACCUUACACCAAAGUAGAACAGAACGUCUGUGACGCUUCUUCUGAGGCAGCUACUCCCAAAGAACCUGCGGGUUUUGCACCUUUAGAAGAAAAAACUAGUUUUUCAGUUCCGAACUCCGAUUCCCACUUUUCCACAUCACAACUGAUUUCACCAAGUUAUAAUUCCGGAAUAUUGGACAAGCACCUCGAAAGGGAUUACGCCAAUAGAGAUUUGGGAAGUGUUCUUGUCUCCACUGAUGUUACCAGAUCUUUUCGGUGUGACAUCUCGGGUUGUGAACGAACUUUUAGGUCAGUUAGAUACCUAUCUAAUCAUAUGAAAGAUUCACACCGAGACCUGAAGCAAUUUAAAUGCCCACUGGAAGGAUGUUCAUUUGGUGGGUUACGUCGCAUGCAUCUAAAGCGUCAUAUCAAUGAAUUCCACAAUGACAAGAAGCUUUCACUUUACCGAAUGUUGGACCAAAACCGACUUGAUAGUAAGCCGUACAGUUCUAUUCAACACGUGGCAAUGUAUGGUGGACCGGAAAGGUUCUCUCCUAACAUAAUAAAAAUACCUGGAAAUCAGCCGUCAGAACGGCAAUAUUGUAAUCCUCAGAUGACUAAUUUUAUGUCAAAAGGAACUACCUAUUCAAAUGAAUACUCGUACGACAAUUCUGAAUGUCAUGGAAACGAUGUAUAUUCUUUUCCUGUUUCAAGCUUAUCAGCUCAUUCAUCCAGAGAAGUUUGUGGUUUGGAGCACACCGAUAGAUUACUAUCUGAUCAAGUUUCUGAAGAUGUACAGGAAAAUUCGCAUUCAGUUGCCACUGGUAUGCCAAAUGAAACAAACAGACCGUUUCAAACUAUGACUAGUGACAAUACACCAGCAUUUCAGAAUGAACAAAGUUUUACUGUAAGUAGUUUUCGUGUGCAGUCCGAACAUCAUUCUGCGUCAAAUCAAUCAGUUCAUUAUCAUCAGCGUGAUCCGAACAAAUUAUCGAACGCAACCGUAAACGAAUCCCUGCAAGAACAACUAAAUUCUUUUCCAUCAAACCCUCCAUAUUCCAAUGUAACAUCUUGCAUGUCUUUCAAUCACAGCGAACCAUUUACCAAUCCUAAUAGUACCAAUGACAAUCGCCCAAGUGAACCUGAUAUAGUUGAGCAACUUUUAGAUAAGCCAGAUGUUCUAGCUACUGCUCUUGAUCAUAUUUUGUGUGAGCCAAUAGAAGCUUGUAAAGAUGAAGAGCAUAAUCAAGACGUUACUGCUUCCGAACUUAGGGUUAAAACGCCUGUAUUAUCAGCGGCAUCUGUAAAUGGUUCUUAUUUGUCUCCUUCUUGUCCUGAGAUUCUUUUACCCAGUAAUACAAAAAGUUCCAUGUCUGAUAUGAAUACAUCAAUGAAUAACCUUCAUUCUAGUAAUGUGAUCUCAGAGACCGAUGCAUUUUUCUCUGAUUUACAAGAAAUCCUCGCUCGUGAUAUGCCUAUGCUAACAUCAUCUACACCCAGAGGUACUGAUUCCUCAGAGUUGGUAGUAACUGCAGUUAAAGAUAUGAUUAUUGAGUCCAAGUCUCCAACAGGAAUUACUGGAUGUAAAUUAAUGGGUACUUCUUCAUUACCAAGCACUGAUUCUGGACAUGAGUGUUGGAGCAGUAGUAGCAGUUGCAGUGCUGGUCCUAAUAGCACUUCUGUAUGGGGUCUGCACGAAGCUGUUACUCCAAUGAAAGUGUCAUCCCCACUUCCAUCUUCAAAUUUAUCGCAUCAACCCUCAUCUACUACAAACCGUUCUGCGUCCGGUAUGUUCGAAAGUCAAGUCGUGGAACAAGUCAGUGAUGAACAAUUAUCUGAUUGCAAUUCUCAUGACCAACUUUUUACCAACUACUCUAAAACUGCUUACUGUAUAUCUGGAACUGUUGAUGAUAUGUCAGUCACUCCAUAUCUACCAUUCACUGCACCACAACAACCAUUAUCUACGCAGAUCAAUAAAAAUGUUCGUUUAGGUAAUACCAGUCAGUCAACUUACAGCCGCACAGCCUAUGACCAUGGUGCCGGUUUCGCACAGAAUUCACAAUCUCCUAUUUGUAAUCUUCGAAAUCCUCAGUUUAAGUUCACUCAUGAACGUUGUUCCUCUAGCCAUGUUAUACCUGCAUAUAGAUCAUGUGAUUCAGUGAUGAAUCAGCAGAAUUCUGCUGCUUACUUCACAAGCAAAAACUCACACAUGCCGAAUGAUUUUACGCAAAAUCGAGAGGUUUUCAACUGUCGGCAAACUGAUAUACGACAGAUUAAUCAGUACCCGUCUACUUCACUAUCACCGUAUUCAGAACCAGCUUGUCAUUCCACCUUUGUUCAGUCAAAAUUUCAAAAUCAUAAAGUCAGUGAGAUUGAUAUGCGAAUAACAUCUUCACUAAGAAACUAUCCAACUCAGCCUCAGGAACAUGUUUAUUGGCAAUCGAAUACAAAGUAUCAUACAGGUCCAUACGAACCUACACCUGUCACUCCAACACCAUGUCGUAACAUCGUUCUCGGUGGAUGCGAAUCACUUCAGUAUGAAAAUUCAAUGUCUUAUUCUCAGUAUAACUUCCCAACGUCUACACGAGUGACCGACUCUACAAUACCUGAGAACGAUAUCAAGCCCACUGCCGUUCAGAAUUUGGAACAACUACCUAUUCGGAAUACAGGUUAUCCAACAAAGUAUGUGAACUUUCCUGAUACUGACAAUAAUGUGUACGAUCGAAAUUCACAAGAAAAUCUGCAAAUGGUUGGCAAACGAUGGGCCACUGCUGAUUCACAACGCUUUUUAAAUCCCUGUUUUUCUCGUCCGUCGUUAAAUUAUCCUACUUCGAAUAUGCAUAUGUCACCUUCAAUGUACCAACCUAUACAGCAAUCUGUUCAUUCCCUUUCACGACCUAGAUUAGAACUUGCUGAUUCAUGUAUAAGUCGUAUGCAGAGCACUGGACCAUACUUUUCAAAUCAACAUCCUCAAGUUUCACAAUACUACUCAAACUCUGUUUGCUAUUCCCAACCACGUUAUCCAAGCCAAUAUUUUUCACCUCAUUCUCAGUAUCCACCAUCUCAGUCUAUUUGUCGAGAUACAUCACAAACUGAAAAUUACUCAGUUGGUGAUAGACGUUUCUUCGCACCUGAAUUUUAUUCAUCUAUACCGGGCAGAUAUUCAAACACAGAAUUAUAUGGAAACUGGUCUUCAGAUAAAUUUUCAUCUCAUAUAGGAAAUGAACAAGGUACUGUAGUUCGAAAUGCAGUUAACAACUCCAGCUUAGUUGAAUAUUCAUCUGCAUACUCAUCAAAUUUCAAUUCUAGGGAUCAAAAUCCAGAAAGCUACCACCAAUUUUUGCCGAAUCCACAAACUGUUCGUUUCCCUUCAAAUUCUGUCGAGCCUGUUGAAACACCAAACAAUCGAACUUGUGGCCCAUGUCCAUAAUGAAUAUAAAGAAUGCAUCUUGAGGCCUUAACAGAAGUUUUGAAUAUUUUUAAUCUUUAUAUUCAUUCUGAUGAACUAAUGGAUAAAAGUUGUCAAUGUACUCUAAACCCCCAAUGAGAUCUCCAUCUUCCUGAUCAAUAAAUCUGGUUUUGCUUUCGCCGAUCCACAUUAUUCUCUUACCAUGUAUUUCUGAGUCGAACUUUUCCUCUAGUUUUUCUAUAUUUAUUCUAAUGAAAUUUUGUUCUGUGUAUUCCAAUGGAUAGCAAAAGACAAAGAUUCUUCUGUAAUUUGUCUCAUCUCUUACUUCUUUGAGAGCAAGCCAAUAUCAUGUUUUGCCUUGAUGGACGUAGUGUGACCACCACCAACAGGAUUCUCUUCAAUACACCGCAACGGUAAUAAGUGCCUACUGUUUUCUUUUCUUAGUACGUGUACGUUUUAUUGAUGGAAUGGGUGCAGAGUAAUAUUUCCUUGUCUUAUUGUUAUUGCUACUAUUUACUUUUUAUAUGUUCAAUUUGAUAUAUCCCUAUUCUUUUUUGUUGGUCACUUGCUUUAAUGUCAGAUAAGUAUGCACUUGUGAUGUUAUUACUAAUAUUAUUACUUUUGUUUUGUUAAUAUCCUUUUAAUGGCCAUAAUUAGGAGGUUUCUUAUCAAUUCACCUGCGUUUUUGUCUGUUUGAACUGUACAGAAGUUCACUCCAUUACAUGUUUGUGUAUACGUUCAUGUAAUACUGGCUCCAUUAUUCCCACAAGACGAAAUUUUAGUAUUGUGAUCACAUUGUCCUCUUCUUGUUCAUCUGGAAAAAUAACAAAAUCAAUCAAUUUUCUUCUUACGCAACUUGGAUCCCUGAAAAUUUGCCCGCCUACUUUGUACAUUUUGCUAUGCCAACGUCUCAUCUACUACUGUUACUAGUACUAUGAUACAAUGCCAUAUUUCCUCUUCGUAUUGGGUCGUUAUUUUUCUAAUGUAUGGAUUCUGUGUCUCUUAAACGUGUAGAGAUAUUGAAAAUUUUGUAGAAGAGGUCGUCUUUGGUACAAUAUUAUAUAUAACACAAAAAAGAGGGGAAUUGUGUUAACAUAUAAUUCUCUUGUUCUUUUAGGCAUUCUAUUGACAGUUCAUCCGACAUUGCUCAUGUUUUCCAUUUAAAUAUUUGUGUUACGUGAUAGCAUAAGCUCUUCUGUGUCUUUAAUUUUUUUGUACUUUCUCAUUGAAUGAUUUUUCCAUUGUUAGAAGCGCUCCGUUCCUUCACAUAUUUUGUGAACACUCAAUUUUUUUUUGUAUGUGCGUCUUUCAUUUCUUUACUGUAUACUAAGACUAAUUACUAUUAAAAUGACCAUUAGUGCCUACUUUUCAAAUCUGAAAAGCAUCUCAAAACAUUGCAAUUGGAGAUUUUCAGUUACACACAACCUAGUUUUUAUUUUGUAGUUAAUCACAGUUAUUAUCGAUGUUUGGCGUACGACCACACUUGUGUAUAUGGCAUACCGGAUACCAUAGUGUCCUUGUCGUUACUAUCAACGAAUCGACUGGUUAAGAUUUCUGCCCAGUUCAUGUCUAUUCAUAUUUAAUGAAUAUUGUUCUGAUGUUUUUAUUAUCAUUACCCUUUCUCGCCACUACUAAUCUGAUUUCUUCGCAUAGAUGCGUAUUCCAUAGAAUGUUUAGUUAUCCCACUUCUUCCAGUCAUUCCAUAAUCAGCGUUAUCAAGCGCUUUCUAUUUUCUUAUCGCAGCGAAACAUUGAGCUAUGCACUGUAAUUUUUUCUUCUGCAUUGUACAGCAUGUGAUUUUACUUGCGUUACUAUUAUUACUGUUAUUAAACUCGUCCUUUUUCACUGUCUCGAACAUUCAAGCGCCUGUGUGGGGUUGGAUGUAUUCAAAUCCUUUCAUAUUGAUUUCUUAAAGGGGGUCACUUACUUUGAUAGAUUGUAUUCAAAUGGGAACUACCGGUGUCCUGCGUGUUUUGGUGUGUGCAUGUAUCUUUCAUAUUUCACAACUACCAGGAUUUCCAAGGAUAAACCCUGGUAUGUAUAAUAUAUCGUGUAAUCAGUGGUACUUAUGAUAUAUCUUUCUUUGACUCUUUUUUCUACUAACUAUUUUUCUAUGAUUUACUUGGUCCCCAUUGUCGUAUAGGAUUCUUAAAAGGUGGAAAACUCUUGUUGUGUUAAUCAUCUUCAUCUUUUUUUUUGUCUGCUUCUUUUCGUCAAGGUUAUGUGUAAUGUACGUACUUAUUUCUAGAGGAGCCCAAAAUACUGUGAAUAAACAAAGGCUUCAAAUAAAGAGUUUUUCCAGUGUAAAUGUUUUCCUUUCUGCUUUUGUUAUUGAUUAUGAUGAUGAUGAUGAAAAUUGUUAUAAUAGACUUGCUUGGCCGAUCUGCACUUACUAUUAUUGCUUUUUGUUGAAUGGUGUCAUUGAUUACAGUAGUAAUGUAGCAGAGUAAAUA